AUGUAUAGAGUAAUCAAUCACCUGAUUGGAAUUUUAGAAAAUCUUGGUGAACUGGACACAUGGUUCGGAAGACCAAAAAAAUCUGGCCGCGGUGGAGGCGUAAGAAGCGGUACAGGAUUUAAUACAAUGCCCCGUCCACAUUCUGGAGAUGACUUUGAUGAAAUUGAACAGCAGAGAUCAAUUAUUGAGAAGAUGGAUGAAGAAACUGUUAAUGAUCGUUUUGAAAAGAUGCUGGCAAACAUGAAUCUGACAGAAGAAAAAAAGGAGCCACUUAGACAGCAACCAGAGGCCAAGAAGAAAGAAAUGCUGGUACUGCAUAUGAAAGGCAGUAUCCAGGAAAACAGAUCAAAAUUUGACAAACCAGCUGAUUACAUUCAAUAUCUCGCGCAACCAGACCUCAGUGUAAAUAAAAUUUACAGCUGCAUCGAGUCACUGAGAAUAGCGUUGACAAACAAUCCGUUGAGCUGGGUCCAGGAAUUUGGCACCAAGGGACUUAAACAAGUUCUCGCAACACUUAACGAGUGUUAUCGGAAGUACCCUUCGCCUUGCACUGAUAAUCGGUACGAAAGGAUCCAGUACGAGUGUAUAAGAUGUCUCAAAGCAAUAAUGAACAACACAGUAGGAAUAAAAGAGAUGCUUGCUCAUCAGGAAGCCCUAACAAUAGUAGCGCGAUCAUUGGAGCCCAGCAAGCCCUCGGUGAUGUACGAGGCAGUAAAAUUAUUGGGAGCUGUUUGUUUGAUUUCCAGCGACAGCCAUAAAAAGGUUUUAGAUGCGAUAACUAUGAACGGAGAGUUCAAAGGUCGUGAUAGAUUUUUACCAAUAGUCCAAGGGCUUAUGAACAAGCAAAAUGAAAAUUUAAGAGUCGUAUGUCUUCAACUUAUAAACUCAAUCAUUUCUUCCGCCGAAGAGCUUGAUUUCCGAUUACACCUGAGGAACGAAAUAAUGCGCGUAGGAUUCGCAGAUAUUUUGGAAUCUUUAGAGCGCGAUGACUCGGAAGACUUGUCGAGACAUUUAAAGAUUUUUAAUGAUUACAAAGAGGAAGACUACGAAGAGUUUGUCCAGAGGUUCGAUAAUGUCAGACUGGAAAUGGACGACGUUAAUGAUUGUUUUGAAGUUAUUAAAAACAUGGUGAUGGAAACAGUCGCGGAGCCGUACUUCCUUUCAAUUCUUCAGCACUUGUUGUUUAUCCGCGAUGACGUCCAAGUCAGGCCUGCUUAUUACAAGCUUAUAGAAGAGUGUGUGUCUCAGAUUGUUUUGCAUCGCUCAGGGUGUGAUCCUGACUUCAGCGCGACCAAGCGAUUCCAGAUAGACGUUCAGCCGCUUAUAGACACUCUGGUGGAAAAAUCCCGAGCUGAAGAAGAGCGAAAAUUAGUAGAGAUGUCGCAGAAACUCGAAGAAGCGAUUUCUAGUAAACAAGAAGCCGAAGCGAAGCUUGCUCACGCUGAGAAUAAAAUCAAAGAGUUGGAAGCUGGAGGUGCUAAGCCGAUUAAAUUGGCGAUACCUCCUCCACCACCUAUCCCUGGUAUGGGAGGACCACCUCCGCCACCGAUGCCCGGAACGGGAGGUCCACCUCCUCCGCCUAUGCCGGGCAUGGGAGGUCCACCUCCACCUCCUAUGCCUGGAAUGGGAGGCCCACCUCCACCGCCUAUGCCUGGUAUGGGAGGCCCGCCACCUCCUCCAAUGCCGGGAAUGGGCCCUCCACCUCCUCCGAUGAUGGGAGGUCCUCGGCCGCCGAUGAUGAACGCCGUUGAAGUUCUUCCGCACGGUCUCAAGCCCAAAAAGAAGUGGGAAGUCGAUGGUCCUCUGAAGCGAGCCAACUGGAAGGCUAUUUUGCCUCAAAAAAUGACCGAAAAGUCCUUCUGGGUCAAAGUUCAGGAAGACAAACUCGCGAGUCCGGAAAUCUUGAAUGGUUUGGCGCAAAAGUUCUCCUCCAAGCCGGCAAGCAAGAAGAUUGACGAUGUGGUAGAUAAAUCCGCUCCAGCUAAGAAAAUAAAAGACUUUAAGGUACUUGAUGGAAAGUCUGCUCAAAAUAUUUGUAUUUUACUGAGUGGUACGCUCAAACACAUGUCCUACGAGGAAGUUAAGAGUUGCUUGCUUAAAUGUGAGGGCCCGGUUAUCAAUGACAACGUACUCCAGGGACUGAUUCAGUAUCUGCCACCUCCGGAUCAGCUGACCAAGCUGCAACAGUACAAAGACCAGUACGAAGACCUGACAGAAGCUGAACAAUUUUGCGUUACCAUUUCUACGAUAAAGAGAUUGCUUCCGCGAUUGAGAUCUUUGAGUUUUAUGUUGCGGUACGAAGAGCUGGUGGCUGAUGUCAAGCCUGACGUUGUUGCUGGAACUGCCGCUUGCGAGGAAUUAACCAGCACGAAAGACAUCGAAAACAAAGAAACACUGAUGCAUUAUCUGGUAGACACAAUUGAGAGAAAGUUCCCUGAGUGUCUAAGCUUCGCUGAAGAAUUGCCCCACGUUGAUAGAGCCAGUCGUGUGUCCUUGGAGAACAUACAGCGUACUUUGAGACAAAUGGACGCGAAUAUCAGAAACUUGGAGCAAGAUCUCACCAACUCGAAGAUUCCUCAGAGUGACAUCGACAGAUUCGCGGAAAUAAUGUCACCGUUUGCCAAAAAAGCCCGUGAAUCUUACGAAGUAAUGCAGAAUAUGUUCAAAAAUAUGGACACUCUUUAUACGGAUAUUUCCGAAUUCUUUGCGUUCGACAAGCAGAAGUACACCAUCGAGGAGUUCUUCGGAGACAUAAAAAAAUUCAAGGACGACUUUGGGCAAGCACAAAAGGAAAUCGUGAAGAUGCGCGAGGGCGAGGAGAAGCAGAGGCGCGCUCGUGAGGCUCGAGAGAAAGCUGAGGUCGAACGGGCAGCUCGUGCUGCUCGAAAACGUGCUCUAGUUGAUAUGAACGCCCACGAAACCCAGGAGGGAGUAAUGGACAGUUUGAUGGAGGCACUGCAAACUGGAUCGGCGUUCAGUCGACCCGAUCAGCGACGCAAACGACAAACACGAGUCGCUGGUGGUAAGUCUAAGUCUCUCAGGAAAAAAAUUUUAUGGUGGGCUCAUAGCAAUUCUAGAGAACUUUCCUCUGAGUUGAUAAAUAACACUUUUCCCCCUUCUGUCACUAAUCCCAAUGCUUUUAUCAGUAAUCAUAAUCAUAAUAUGAAUAUUAACAUUAAUUUAUCGCCAAUGGUGGCUCCGGUAUUAACUAAUUGCUUCACGACGCCAAAUGAUAACGAGCAGAAGAGGAAUAAUUUACUUUUAAAGGCUAUGCGGACUCCAAAACCCGACAAGUUUUUCCAGCGUAUCAGUAAAUUCAAAAAAUUACGGAGGAAAAAUAAAUCAACUAAAUCUCUGGGUGUGAGACCAGAUUUACUAUCGCCUGUUUUUGGAAUCACACCUAAGAGAUCCAACUUAGGGUAUAAUAUUCGAAAGCAUUUUAAGACCAAAAGAACAAUGAGAGAUACAGGAAUUGAACCAGUUGGUAAAGGUUCAUCAAAUGUCAACAGACAUAUUCCCAAGAUUUUAAUCAAUGAUCAAGUUAUUGAAUCCAAUGAGCAAGGCACUCACACUCCGUAUGACUCGGUGAUUAAUGAACUGAAAAUGCGUAAUGAGUUAAAGAGAAGCGAAGAAAUUCAUCGGAGUAAAUAUGUACCAAUAAAUGCCAAGACGAGAAAGAAAUACUUUUCAUUGUACAGAGAAACUCUGGUGAAUGAGGCUCGUAGAGUAACACCCGGUAAAAAAAGUCCCAUUUCAUUGUCAGCGACUAAACUCAAUCGCGUUAGAUCACGGUCCAGUGUCCGAAGGUACAGUAAAAGAAAUUACAAGUUCAAAGACAAACCAAAACGUUUGAACAGUUACUUGACUCUCGCCAGUCCUAUUGAUUUAAAUUUAUCGAUACCGGAUGUUGAUGAUUAUUUAACUCCCAAAGUCACUAAGUCUUGUGGCAGUCCAAGAAGGCUGGAUGUAAAUACUAGCGUCAGAUCUAAAAGUUCUGAUGACAACUUUGAAAAUGAUGAUGAUGAUGUUUUUUUGAGCGCUGAGGAUUCUGUUGGGUCUCAGAAAUCUAAACCCGAUAAAUGUGUACCUUCGAUGAAUCAUUCAGACGGCAAAAGGUGGAAGAAAUUCUGUCAGCCGAAUAAUUCUUCCGAUGUAUCACUUACUAAGUACAAUAAAUUAAGAGCGAGUGACUCUGACGUUAUUGUCACGGUCAAAGAUAUCGUGAAGCAAAUUAAUACAGAGAGACGAGCGCAAUUGAAUAGAAGCCGUUCGAGAACUGGACUCGUUGGUACUGGACUGAUUGGCAGAGAAUUAUCAACAGAAUUAUUGAGCUCAGCGUAG